AUGAGAAAACUUACUACAGUGCAUUAUUUUAUCGCUUGUGGGAUAACGGACAGCAUCAACCUGUGCGCUUCGUUUAUCCCAUGGCUGGAGGCCUAUAACAUUUGGAUUUAUUCUUUGGAGGGUGUUUGUCAGAUUGUUGUGUACCUCAAGCAUUUAUCUGAUUUCCUAUCCAGCUGGUAUCUUGCACUAGCUCUGCUGGAUAUCUGGAUUGGAAACCUGUGUAGCUUAAGUCCGAAGCGUUACUGCACAGUGUUCAAAACCAGAGCAUUGAUUCUGGCGGUGUUCAAGUUGGCAUUGGUGGCAUUGCUCUACUUGACUUGGACAUACGGUCCAAUUGCGGUGUCGGGAAGGUUUCUCUGUGAGGUGAUUGAACAAGCGCGAGAUGCGAUGGUCGUGCUGAGUGUGAUGAGGAUUAUAUUUGCCUCACUGAUCCCCGCCACUGUGGUCUUCGUGUUGAUUAUUUUACUCAUCUCCACGUGUUGUCGAUGCAAGCAAGACACUUCCACGAGAGCAAACAAGGAAAGCAUUUUCAUUCCGCUACAGUCCCAAAGGAGUUCCCUGUCCAAGGCGUCCGACAGACUGAAGAUCAAUCGCCGGUGCCUAACGUCGCUGUGUUUAGUUCUCGGACUCUUCUUCAUGUUAAUAGCUAUGCCGCGCUCCGUUAUCAUCUUACGUCUGACGUUUCUCAAGUACCAAUCCCAUGGGCCUCCGCCAAUGCAGCUAAUGGCUUUGGAGCAACUGACGUCCCAACUCUAUUACAUUCACUUUGCCUGGAAGUUUCUCAUUUAUUUCAUCUUCUUGAAACACUUUAGAAGCCGUAUGUGGAAGUGCUUUUCUUACAAAAGGAAGAGGAACCCCCGAGAAAAUAGAGAGUGUAUUGUUGACGGAGACCUGGUCUAA